AUGUUCUAUUUAUCGAUCAUUCUACUUCUCACAUUGAUUAGUCUUGCAGUUUAUUAUGUUUUUCUUCUACAGCAACGUUACCAAUACUUUCGUCGACGUGGUAUUCCAACACCACCUUUCCGCUUUUUCUUUGGACAUAUGAAAACGUUAUGGAAUGUUCCAUCUUUUCAUCGUCAGCUUGAAAACUGGACAAAACAAUAUGGUAAAAUUUAUGGGAUUUAUCAAGGAACUACGCCUACUUUUGUCGUUAGUGAUGCUGAUUUUCUUCAAGAAGUUUUUGUCAAACAAUUUCUCAAUUUUCCUUCACGAAGACAAGUUUUAGGAGGUAGUAGACUUAGAAAUGUUUUUAAUGCAUCAGGUGCAACAUGGCGUCGACAUCGUCACGUUAUCAAUCCAACAUUUUCAGCAGCAAAAUUAAAAAUGAUGAGUCCACUUAUCAAUGGAUGUAUCACAAAUGUUAUGGAUAAAUUAAAAGAUCAUGCUGAAAAUGGUAAUGAUUUCAAUAUUUAUACAUAUUAUAAAAGAAUGACAAUGGAUGUUAUAUGUCGAUGUGCAUUUGGUAUUGAUACUGAUUUACAAAAUAAUCCAGAUAAUAUCUAUUUUAAGAAAGUGGAAGAGAUCUUUGUUCGAAGUAUAAGAUCAAAUAGCUUUUUUAGACUUUCUCAAUUGUUACCUGAACUGGCGUAUAUUAUUGGAAAAGUUUUUUUUGGUAUUAAUAUGGUACGAGCAUUUAUUAAUAUUCAUAUUUUAUCUUUAAUAUCAAAAAAAGAAUUACCUGAACUUCCGAGUAUAUGGCUUUUCAAUCGAUUACAUCCAAUUAUUGAACAAAGACAGAAAACACCAACUUCACGAGUCGAUGUUUUACAAUUGAUGAUGCAAGUAAUGACUGAUGAAAAAAUUCAUGAUGAUGUACAAGAUACUAGUAAAGCUAAUUAUCGAUUAGUAAAAGGAGAAAUUAUUAGUAAUAUUAUUGUUUUUAUGGCAGCUGGAUAUGAAACAACAUCAACAGCAUUAGCCUAUGCAACAUAUGAACUUGCUAGGCAUCCAGAAGUUCUUGAAAAAAUUCAGGCAGAAAUUGACCAACUUCCAUUAAGCAAUGAUGAUGAUGAUGAUGAUUCGAAUGAUGAAAUGAAAAAAUAUCCUGAUUAUGAUAUAGUUGCACAGAUGCCUUAUAUGGAUAUGUUUGUUUCGGAAGUUUUAAGAAUGUAUCCUAUUGCUAAUACUGCAGUUCAAAGACGUACUGCCGAAAAUACAGUCGUACAAGGAAUUUCAAUUGAAAAAGGCACUUUAAUACAUACAGAUAUCUUCUCAGUUCAUUAUGAUCCUGAACUUUGGGGACCGGAAGAUCCGUAUGUUUUUUAUCCUGAACGUCAUCAAGUAAAACGUCAUCCAAUGGCUUAUUUACCAUUCGGAGCAGGACCAAGACAAUGUAUUGGUAUGCGUUUUGCAUUAAUCGAGAUGAAAAUUCUAUUAGUACGAUUACUUCGUGAAUAUUGUAUUCUUCCCGGUGAAGAGCUUCAAACAACGAUUCGAUCUUUUGCUGCUGAUGUAACUAUUACACAACUCUUUCGCAAUGAAGAAACAACACCCAUUGAAGCAGUGUAUUGUUUUCCAAUCGAAGAACAAGCAGCUAUUUAUAGUUUUAUAGCACGUAUCGAUGAUCGAGAAAUUACUGCUCAAUUAAAAGAGAAAAAAACAGCUCAGAAAGAAUACAGUGAAGCAUUACAAGCAGGUCAUGGUGCUUAUUUAUUAGAACAAGAUGAAAAUUCACAAGAUAAUUUCGUCAUCAAUGUUGGUGCACUUCCACCUGGUAAAGAAUGUGAAAUUGUUAUUUCGUAUGUUACUGAACUAAAUCUUGUUGAAAAUGGUACGAAGAUUCGAUUUGUUAUACCAACAACUAUUGCACCUCGUUAUAAUCCUGGAAUAGGUGAUAUUAGUUCACCAGCUAGUACUACAUCAAAAUAUAUUCAAUCUGUACCAUAUACGAUUGAUUUUCGUUGUCAAAUUGAAAAAAUUGGUAUUGCUUCUGUUAGUUCUGUAUCACAUCCAAUUCGAAUGGAUUUGAGUCAGACAGAUUUUUAUAUCAUUACAUUUGCUCAGCAAAAUACUCAAUUAGAACGAGAUAUUAUGUUAGAUAUGGAAUUGAUUGAAAACCACUCGAACACAGUUUUAGCUGUUGAAACCAAUGCAAUUAUGGCUUCAUUUACACCAAGUGAAGAAGAUUGUCAACGUGUCAUAAAUAAUACUGAUCUUACGAAUGAAUUUAUUUUUGUUGUUGAUUGUAGUGGUUCAAUGGACGAUGAAAAUAAGAUUGAACUGGCUCGACAAGCAAUGUUACUCUUUCUCAAGAGUCUUCCAGUGAAUUGUUAUUUCAAUAUAAUUCGAUUUGGUAGUGAUCAUCAAGGUUUAUUUUCAGAAAUUACUGCUAUAUAUAAUGAAGUGAAUGCACAAAAAGCUGAACAACUCACUAAGACGAUGAGAGCAGAUUUAGGUGGUACUGAAUUAUUACCACCUCUAGAAUGGCUUGAUAAAAAUCCACCAAUUCAAGACCGUGCGCGUCAAAUAUUUCUUCUUACUGAUGGUGAAGUCUCAAAUGUAGAUGAAGUGGUUGAUCUUUGUCGAACGAUGGCUACAUCAACUCGAAUCUUUUCAUUUGGAUUAGGUUCUUCUCCUAGUCGUUCACUUGUGAAAGGUUUAGCACGAGCAACAAAUGGUCGAUUUGUUUUUAUUUCUCCUCACACCAGUGUUGAUGUACAUGUUGGAACAGAAGCGAUCAUAACUGCCCCGACAAAUAUUCCACCAGUUUAUGCUAAUGAUUAUAUAAUUGUUUAUGCUCUUAUACAAAAGAAAUCGAUUCGAUUCGAUCAUUAUUCAACUGUUAUAUUAACAGCUGAACAAUUUCAAUUAGGUAGAGCGAAAGUAACAUAUACACCUGCUGUAAGUAAUAAUAAGAUGAUUGCUCGAUUAGCUGCUAAAGCACUUAUUCUUGAAUUACAACACCAAAAACUACCAUCAUCAACACAAAAAAAGAAACGAAAUUUAUUCAAAACUCUUUUUAAAAAACAUCAUAACGAUGAAGAAACCACAAAAGAAACAACAAAGAAACGUAUCAUUGAAUUAUCAUUAAAACAUAAUAUUCUCGGUCCUCAUACAGCUUUUGUCGGUGUCGAGAAACGACUGAAUGCAAGUAAUGCUGAUAUGGUCUUGCGUGAAGUACCCAUACAAAUAUCAACUGACGAUCAACAUUUAUUAACUCAUUCUCAAAUGUAUUCUAAUUCAUAUAUGCCAACGAGUAUGUCUAGUGCUAUGUAUGAUUGUGAUAUUGAUGCAUUUUGUGAUUACAGUGAACCUAUGGAGUCAUGUUCACACCCCGAGCCUGCAUCAAAUAUCCGUUUACGAGAUGAAGUUUGUGAAGACAAUAGUUGUCAUCUUCGAAUUAAUAAUGUUCCAACACAGACAACUGAUAUAUCGCUCAUGAACGAUGAAGAUACUGUUCGGUAUUUAAUUCAUAAACAAAAAUUUGAUGGUUCUUGGCAGCUAAAUGAAAAUGAUAUUCAACGCUUAACUGGUAAACCAAUGACUACAUUUCAACAAAAGGCAAAUAAUGAAAUACUUAUUUCUGCUAUUGUUAUUUCAAUACUUGAAGUACGUUUU